GUCAAAUCUCAUUGUGCAGAUUAGACUAGACUAUAAAACCAGCUCCUCCAGUCGACCAGUCCCAUGGCAGGUAUUGGUGGGCAUCUACAAGACACGAUACACUGUAUAAUACAAGCAGGGACAGUGCAAAUAAUAGAAGCGCAGAUCUUAUCGCCGAAAUGUUGUCCACCGCUCAGCUGUAUGCAAUGGAGACCCUGGAGGCAGAUAUUCGUUCCAAACUCGUUUGGAACACAGAGGCGAGAGCUGCGCAAGUUGCGCAACGAUGGAUAACGGAAAUUUUUACGCGUGUCCACACCACCUGCGAAGUUCCUGAGCACGCCGUUUUUGGACCAUGUGAGCUGAAACACACCUCGGUUUAUGACAGCAUCGCCUUCAUCGCUCUCAAGUCUAUGGACAGAAGAACGACACCAUACAUUUUAAGGGUGAACACCUCAGCGCACAAAAUGGCCACUGACGGUCCGAUGUGGCUGCGGCUCGUCCAGUCAGCCCGGAGCAGUGAGGAACAGAACCUGGAGGCCUAUGUGAAGAACGGACAACUGUUCUUUAGAGCCCUCAGGACGAUCCAGAAGGAAGAGGAGCUUUUGGUGUGGUAUGGGAAAGACCUUGCCAAGCUUCUUCUACUGAACCCAUUGCAGAUGCGAAGCAAAGGUGCUGGUCCGUACACAUGUACAAACUGCAUCCAGGGCUUUGAGUCUGAGUUCCCCCUCCUGGCACAUUGGAGAUUCCUUUGCACACAGAGACAACCAAACAGCCACACCACCAAAUCUGGUCAAGACAACACCAACCACUUGAAACCUGACUCCCUUCCUAUUCAUGCCUUCAAACUGAGUAAUCCAGAGACAAGUCCACAGGAUGGAAAACCUGCAACAGACUUCCACAAUCUAGCCAGGGAUAUGGAGAAUACCAGUAAUAAGACAAGCUUGUCUGGUACCAGGCCAGCAGGGAGUACCUUCAAAAGGAAACACACGGAGGAGGAUAGGAAUAGCCCCCAGCCUCUAGUCAUAAAGCAGGAACCACUGGAGAGAGGUUACUGUACUUUGAACAUGAACCAACAACCUAUCCCCGUCUCCUGUCACCUGCCCACCAAUAUAAUAAGGAACACCUUCACUGAAGACAGAACCACUCAACUAAAACCACAACUGAAGACCUCAGGGCCUGAAGACAUCAGAUCCAAUCCACAGAACCAGAGCAUUCAGCCAGGUAGUGGCCCAGCAGUGGAGCAGAGAGACUCAAAGAAGAAUGCUCUGAAAGACACAGAAGCUAUGUCUCCAUCUUCAUCCCGCUCUGAGGAAACAUCCACUGACUCUCCUCCUGUCACCUCUGCCUUCAAUCAAGUCUCUGUCUCAGAGAACAGUAGAAGUGCCUUCUCCCAGCCCCCACGCUCUGUUCCACUUCCCCAGACUACCCCCCUGCUUGAGAGGGCUAAAACCUCCAUCACUACUCCCACUACUGAUCUCCACAGACCUGUGCUGGUCCAGGGUGUUUUGAAACAGAGGCACCCUCUCUAUAGCCCAGCAGCUCUCUGGCCCAGGACCCCAGGGAGACCCCUGCAGGUCCCGAUCCCCCCCUCCCCGGUGCUCCUGUCCCCUUCCGUCUCACGGCUCUCGCCCCUCUGCCAGCCGGCUCAGAACUGGUGUGCCAAAUGCAACAUCUCCUUCCGACUGACUUCAGACCUGGUGCAGCAUAUGAGGUCUCACCACAAGAGGGCGCUGGAUGCCACAGGAUCUGUGUGUGGGGUGAAACAACAGCAUCACAGGGAGAGGGAAGAGACGCUCAAGUGUUCAAUCUGCAGCGAGGUCUUCAGACAACGUCAUCACCUCGCACGACACUUGACCUCUCAUACAUGAGUUCAGUGAGUUCUUAUCAUUAGAAUAUAUAAUAUUCAUAUUGAUGAAGAUACUAAUGGGGAACUAAUUAAACACAUUAACUAACUAUUAUGUUAAUUUUAUAAUGUACAUUAACAAUGCAAUGACAUUUUAUUUGAAACAUAUAAAAAAUAUAUGAGUCUGCUUAUGUAUAAAGCAUCAUUUCUUCCCUUAGAAGUAGUUUAGAUUUUUCUCUCAAUUCUGUAAAAUGUGACAUUUUUUGUAUGCCAUUUAUUUUCCCAUUCUUUUACAAUAAAUUCUUGUUUUUCACAUGAA